GGUCACUCUAAACGAAAUUUCGGCAAAACAAAACACAUUUCUUGUUAUUUUUUCAAGUUUAUUAACAAAAAACUUAGAAAUAAUGUCGGAAACUAGUUCGAAGGACAAUGUGAAGACAGCAAUGACAUAUAUAUGUGGCGAAUGUCAUCACGAGAACGAGAUGCGACCCAGGGAUCCCAUCCGUUGCCGCGAGUGCGGCUAUCGCAUCAUGUACAAGAAGCGCACCAAGCGUCUUGUCGUCUUCGAUGCUCGUUAAAAUAACUCAUAAAACAAUGGAUAUAUGCGUCUAAAGUACAUUUUUAAGAAACUAGUUUGUAGCUAAAUAUUUGUGCUUUAAUAAAAAGCCUGUAAUAACCCAA